CGCAGGGUUUCAAGAUGGCGGAAGGAAAAAUAAAAAAUUUACUGCGUUUAUCAAAAUUAAGAGACAAAUAUGAUGCUCUCAUCUUAGCUACUCAUGCUUGCUUGGUAGAAAGAGGCUACAGGUGUAUUGGCUGUGGAGAAGAGAGAAAUACCGAAGAUGAGUUUGACUAUGGCGAGACCCUUCCUCCUGAAUGGAAUUCUCUCGAUGAUAUUUACGCUUUACAGUAUCGACAAGGAAAUUCAGGACCCUUUUAUAUUUUCAAAGCUUUGAGACUGGGAAACAUGAUUGCAAUCUAUGUCAUGGAAGAAGAUGAGUCAAAAGUUCAAGAUACUACAUUGAAUGUCGAUGACUUUACAUCAAAUGAAAUGGAGUACAAUAAACUUGAUCAAAAUCCACAGCUGAUGUUCAACAGAGCAUAUAAGCACCUACAGCAGCUGAGGGCAAAACUUAAUAAGGAAAUAGUGGAUAAGUUUGCUAGUGGUAGGACUACAUCACAUAGACCAAAGGAGGAGAACCAAAGAAUUAAAAAAGAACAAAGAGAACAGCCUAGAAGUGUGUUACAGGAUGAUCCCCCACAUCUUCAUCCUAGACAGCCUCCUGAUUUUAGAGAUGAAUGGUCACCACCAGAAGGAACUUUCCCUACAUAUGGAGAUGGGGAUAGAUUCCCAGGCCAUCCAGGUGGUGGUGGUAUGAUAAUGGAUCCUUUCAGAUCUGGUGACUUGCCAACUUUACCAGGUUCAUCAGCCACACCACCUGGACAAUUACCAAGGGGUUCUGUACCUCCUGGAGCACGGUUUGAUCCAUUUGGUCCUGUUCCACCAGGAGGCUCAAGACAAGAUAGAAGAUCAGGGCCAUUUGCAGGACCUGAUCCAGAUCACCUUCCUCCCCCUGGCUAUGAUGACAUGUUUAUGUGACAAGUAUGCAGUAUCUCCUUCCUGCAGGGUCGUAUUGCAAUAAUACUGGAAAUUAUACUUGUAGUCAGCCAGUAAUGUAAAAUUAUUGUUGUUUAAAAGAGAAUGUUCUUAUGAAGAUUUUGAAAUUGUCCAUUGCAGCUGAUAGCUUUUUUAUGUAGCAUAUACGAUGGCAUUGUCAAACAAAGCUUUUCAACUUUAAAAGAUAUUAAAAAUAUGUAAAAUGAUUAAUUUGACCAAAUGCUUGAUUGAUAUCACAAAGGUCAUUAGGUCAACAUGUAAGUCAACAUUUCCAAUUGCAUUCUCGUAUAUUAUUAGUAGGAUUGGAAAAACUAUCACAAAGUAAAAAAGACUGAAUAGAAAAAGAAAACACCAGAGCCUUUUUCGAAGCUAACACAGAGUGGCUUGGGUGGUGUAUUGAUUGCUAAUGCCUCAUCUUUUACUGCUGUGAGUUCAAUGUGUCAGGUAGCUGGUUAUAGCCCUGCAGACGCCACAUGUGAAUUGAGUUUGUUUGAUGUGUUGUUCUCUUCAUUACCACAAGGGUUUUUCUCCGGGUUCUCUGGUUUUUCUCCCUCCAUAAAGAUCAACAUGUAAGUUGAGCCUUGUGAGCAUAAAAUAGUGCCAAUAUUACUAUAAUCAGCCUUUUUUAACAAAUAAAAGAUAAUAUUAUGAUUUA